GUUUGUUGCUGGGAGAAAGAGCUGGACAACAGGGGUUGUCCUUUUCAGGAUUUAACUAAUCACCGAAGAAGAUUCAUUUUCACAAAAUUCUUUGAGUACCUAGAAGAAUGUGUUGGCUAAAUAUUGUGCUGAUUUAGCGACAUGAAACUCAAUGAUUGCUUGUCUCAUUUAAUAUAACUAUCCAAAACUACAGUUAAUAAAAAAAAAAAACCCAGCUAAGAAAGUUAAUAUGUCAGAUGAUGCUAACAAGCCUGGUAUAAAAGAUGAAAUGUUUGUAAAAACACAUCAAACCCCCAAACCUGAUGUUAUACAUGUUCAUGUAGCUGUAUCGAAGAAGGUACAUAACAUUUCUAUGCAGUCAUCAAAAUUGGAGGAAUCUAAUGUUGAGGAUGAAACUGAAAGCAAUGUAAAUAAUCGUGGAGUUGUUGAGAAGACAUCAGAUUCAGUGACACACUUGCAGUCUAAAUCAUAUGCUGAAGCUGUGAUUGUUAAGUCUGUUCAAGCAGUGUCCAGUUGCCAUGACUCAAAACGACCAGAUAGUACACAAGAACAGAAGUCUGAAUGUUCAUCAAAGAAGUCUUACUGUUGUCAGUGCAAUGAGUGCCACAAAAAAUUUGAGUCUUAUGCGUUGUUUCACCUCCACAAACAGACUCAUAUGGGUCAACUUGUAUGCAAGGUGUGUUUCAAAAGCUAUCCAACAUCUGAAGAUCUCCUCGUCCAUCGGAAAUUUCAUGUGCAUGAGAAGAAAUGCAGUAUUUGUGGAAAGCAGUUCAGAACGAUGAAUAAAUUGAAGAUACACAAUCGGGUGCAUACUGGAGAGAAACCCUUUUCCUGUCGGUGCUGUGGGAAGAGAUUUUCUGACCAGUCGAACCGCAACAGACAUUACCGGUUUGCUCACACCGAAGAACGAGCUUUAGUGGAAAAACAGUACCUGGAUGAAUUCUCAUCUCAGGUCAAGUCAAGUGGAAUGUUUGCUUAUAAGUUCAUUUGAUCCCAAUGUCACACACAAUGAAUCCUGGGAUUGAUCCCCAUUGGUGGACCCAUUGGGCUAUUUCUCGUUCCAGCCAGUGCUCCACAACUGGUGUAACAAAGGCAGUGGUAUGUACUAUCCUGUCUGGGAUGGUGCAUAUAAAAGAUCC